AUGGGGCAUGUUGAUUUAUUACCGAUCAAUACAAUAUUGAAAAAUUCACCUGGAUUUUUGGGAUAUGUAGAGACACUGUUAUUCCGGGCCAUUUUGACAGAUAUAAGAAAAUUUAGUGGCACAAAAACGGAAAAUUUAAAUGAUUGGCUAUUAAUUCUCAAUCAUAAAUUCGAUUCGUGUGGAUCAACGGAAGAGCAACGUCGGAAGUGGGCACCGUUAUUUUUCUGUGAUGAUGCAUUAAAGUGGCACAACCAAGAAGGGUUUAAGAUCGAUUCAUGGAGUGAUUAUCAAAACUUAUUGACACACGAGUUUGUUUUAUCACCAAAACAAUCGGUGAACAUUGGUCUAUUAGACGGACUACACGGUCAUUAUCUGUCUGAUUGCAGUGAUACGGCGCAGUUGUCAUUUUUGGCGGACACUUAUUAUAGCGUAGCCGCAGAAAACAUUUGGCCAAUUGGAACCGAAUCGUGGCAUUUUCAGGAACAACGACAACCUACUGUAUAUUUACGAACAGUUUCAGAAGCUUCCCAACUAGCCGAAAGUGCUCUAGAGAAGGAAAUAACAACUGCACAAUCGCAGUCAGAAUUAGCAGUGACAUCGAAGAGUACUCCUCUACCGGACCCACAUUCAACGCCAUUGUUUCCUUCUAACACAAAGUCACUGGUUUUACGACAUCGUAAUCUAUCACAUGAAUUGCCUGAAAAAUCUCCACGAACUGUACCUUCGUCAUCAUCGCUUCGUGAAACAUUACCGUCAUUUAUAACAGCAAUUAUUAUUGCUUUGACGCUAUGGUCAUCUAAAGCACAUCGUCGUUUUUUCUAUAUGUAUGAUGGCGACGGACCAAGAUCAAUGCAGCUGCAUAGUGUACCCGAACUUUGGUACUUUAUGGUACCCUAA